AUGUCUAAACAUUUCGAUCAAUGGAAACAAAAUGCAUUAUCAAAUGAUAAAGAAGAUUUAUCACGUAAACAUUCUAUAGAUGAUUAUAUUGUUAAUUUAAUUAAUCAAAUAAAUAAUCAUAAUGAUUAUUAUACAAGUUCAUCAUGUUCUGGUCGAACAAUUGUUUUUACUUCAUCACCAAUUGUAACAUCAUCAACAAAAAGUGAUUGUCAAUGGUUAUAUGUUACACAUGAACAAGCUGAUUUAAAUGCUAUAUUGAAUUGUUUAGAACAACGACC